AUGAGGUUACUCGUGUUAUGUUCGAUUCUUGGCGAGAUCGCUCGCGCAUGCCUACCGACUCUGAGCCAGCCGAAAUGCGGUUGUUCGAGUUGUCCGUGUCCCGGCGGCGGCAGCUAUUCGUCGUACGCGCCGCCGGCACCACUGCCGCCGGCGCCACUUCCGCCGUUGCCCAGCUAUCACGGACAGUACCUGGACGCGCCGGUGGCCAAUCCGGCGUUCCAGGGAACCGUCCCGUUGAGUUUUUCGAACGACUAUCCCUCAUAUUCGGGCGGUGGCGCGCCGCCGGCGUCAUCGGCGAGCUCGCAAGAGCCACCGUCGAUUUUGAAUCCGUUGCAGUACCUCGAACACGUGCACGUCUCGCAUACGCCCGCCAGCUAUCCGUCGCCGCAACCGCACCAAAUCGAAGUCGAGCCGAGCUCGGCGAUCAUCGCCGAGGAUCCAUACGCGUCCGACAAGCCGGCAGCCGCUUCCGAGCCGAAUGGCAACAUCAAACUUGUCACCUACUAUAAUCAAUAUUGCGCCGGCGAGAAAAUGGCGGUCGGCACGAAGGAGACGAUGGGUUCGGCGACGAAGAAAUGCGAGAUGCUCAAGUGUGUGGCGGCGAAUGUUGUCACCGACAGCGAUGGCACCUAUACGGUCUCCUAUUUGAAAACCGCCAAGAGUCGAUCAAACCGCAAAGGCAAUUAUUGUCUAUCGUCAAAAGAAUUGCCGGUGAAGGGCAAACGAGUGAUUAGGAAAUUCGACGAAAUGCUAGCUUCCGAGGAAGCGGAACGUGUUCGCCGCCUGCUCAAAUCGAAAAGACUCUAA